AUGAAAUUCUCCCCUGGUGAGGCUCAGCCCUCGACCCCACAUGCACCGCCCGAUCCAGCCCGGUGGUAUCUCGACUUCUGGGUCUACGACUCCCCAAUCAACCUCGCGAUCCCGGAGCUGCUUAUCGGCCUCCGCAGCCAGAUUGAAGACCGCUACAGGCGCAGGGAGUUUCGCACCGAGCCGUCCCCCCCGUCCGAGCGUCAUCUGCUGAUACGGGCCAUCGUCCGCACUGAAGACUGGCCACAAGACGAGGAGAAGGAGCAUGAAACACUUUACGAACACUUAACUGACAUUCUGAAUCGGCUCAAGUUAACUCUGCCCUUGGAUGUCUGGUGGCGCGACAAAAGGAUAGAACUCAGAUGGUCCAGCGAGUUUCCCCUCCCAGUCAACGAUAGUGACAUUGACCAGGAUCCGGACCUGUGCAAUCUCCUGCUCCUCCUCCACCCAAGGAUCCCCGAGACCCAAACUAGGGUCGAACCUGUGCCCAAUGACCGGUCGACUGUGGUGAAGUGGUUGGGGGACAUUCGGCUCUGGGAGCCUUUGCCUGUACGUUUGCGUCGGGUGUAG